GACUAAAUUCAAAUCAAGUGCUUUAUACAGAUUUAACAUGUCUGAUCAUCACGGUGGAAAAGGUUAUACCCCAUUACCGCAAAAUAUAAGUAACACCGAUACUGAGGAUGAAGAUGAUUGUUUGGCCCAACCAAAUGAAAUUCCUAAAGAUCAUGUUGAUGAUACACAACUGCAAUCAACUACUAUUCAUGAGAAUGGAAUAUAUUAUCCAUUGGAUGAAACAAGGAAUUUAGCAAAUCGCACAAAAAAUGGUCAAAAUAUGCUUAAAUAUUAUAGAGAUGAUGUACCUAUAAUGGUAGUUGAAGGCAUUGACCAAAAUGAUUUGUGGAAAAGACAAGAUAUGUCACCCUUAUGACGAUUUUGUUUGGUUGCUUCUAUAUUAUUAUGUGUUGUAACAAUAGUUAUAUUUCUAUACGUUUUACCUUGUGAUAAUUCAAUGGUAUGUCCUUCAGUAAAUGAACCUCAGUCAUCUAUAUCUUGGGAUAAAACUUUACAAGGAAUAGAAUUACAUGGUCCUAUCUCCAUCAUUCAUGGAAAUCCAUCAAACUUGAUAUUUCUUGUUCGUGGACAACGAUAUAGAGGAAAUGAUACAAAUGAUCAGGGUCAAAUAUCUGCAGAAGGAGGAGGAAUUAUGUCAAUGCAAGCAAAUAGUGGUUUACCAUUGUGGUUAGUUUCGUUGAAAAGACCGCCUACCGAAAUUGAUUGUAUUUCAGUGGAUACUGAUCGAUCUGGAAAACCAGAUUGCAUAGUUGCUGGAGAUCAAGGCCUUUUGGCUAGUAUCGAACCUAUUGCAGGCACUAUUCAUUGGAGUUCCAAAAUUUAUACAUAUGAAAAACUACCUCUGAUAUUACCAGAUAUUAAUUCAGACAAAAUAGAAGAUUUUUUGAGUAUAGAAGUAGCAACAAAAAAUAUGCCUAAUCUUGUUCUCUUAUCUGGUGGAACUGGACGUCUUCUAGGGCGAUAUUCACCUGAAAAUUGUUCGUCCAUUGAUAUAAAUAAUCACGUCCUUAAUGAUACUGUAUCUUAUAUUUGCUAUGAUAGUAGUAGAAGUAUGAUUAAAACUAUGACUAUUAAAGGUUUAUUACAUGCUAUGAAAUUACCAGAGUAUAAAAAAUUGAUAAUGAAACAAGCAAUGGCAUUUAGCACGUUCAAGACUUUAAAAUACAAUAAUGAAAAGAAUAACUGGGGGCCUACACCAUAUCACUACUUAUCCAUUGAAAAUAAAGGAUUAUGUCCUGGAGAAUUUUGUACAGCUAGUGUAACUCUAAAAUUACAAAAGCAUGGAAAUCAAUCAAAAGUAAUAUGGAAUUAUAUUAGUCCUAAUUCUUUUGUCUCAAAACCAGCUUUUCUGGAUAUAUCCAGGAAACCUUAUACUUUUGGAUUUGCCAUUAAAUUUUGGCAAUGGACUAAUUCAACAUCUGAACGUACAGAAAAAGUAUCUAUUGUUACAGAAAGAAGACUAAUAGAAAGAGUAUUGAUUGUUUUUGUGAAUUAUACAGAUGUACAAGUUAAAAAUGCAAAUCAAACUGAUAUUAUUCAAUUAUGCAGAAACGCAAAUUGUCAACCAAAUUUGAGUUUGCGUGCACGCUUUAGUUCAAUCAAAAUUGAUUAUAUUAGUGAAGAUGGAUUUCCAGAAUUAAUAACUUAUUGGUCUUCAUAUGACAUAGAAGCAACAAAGGUACUGACAUCAAAAGUACAGGUUGUAAAAUUAGAUUCGCUUGUAAUGGAUCUUCCACAUACGGGUGUUUAAUCUUUGAUUUAUUUAAUGAUUGCUAGUUUAUAGACAAAUUGAUCAUUCAAUUCUUCAGUGUAAAAUUAUUAAUGAACAUUUUAACAACGAAACAAAAAUAUUUGUUUCGUAAAUAUAUUUAAGUGAAUAAUUAUACUAUAAUAAAUGACAGCACUACCAUUAAUAAGUGGUAUUUGGCUAUAGACUUAUUAGAACUAGUCAUCACUUGGUAGUAAUGUAGCAACGAUUUUCAUAGGCGCCUAAUUAAAUAAAAUAAUUUUUAAAUGAU